AAGUAAACUCGCUUUUGUAGUUGCGCAACGGCAGUGUCUCUGACUUCUCUCGAUAAUGUCGAAUAUGUGAUAAAUGAAUAUGCCUAAAAUGCGUAAAAAAAUGUUAAUUGUGUUCGUAAAGGAGCCGUUCGGACGUAUAAUUCUCUAAAAUUUGUAGAAAGUGUCGUUUUGCAGCCAUUAUGAUCGUGAAACCUGUGAACUUGUAGUUGUCUACGUAUUCAGAGUUCCGAGUAUUGGACUUCUCAAGAAUAGUGCAUCAUAUAUUCCAAAAGUGUAGAGAUUGUCUCAAAAAAUAAGCUCAAUGAAGUUUAGAAAGCUGUUCAAAAUGUGGAAAAUUGAAUUAAUUCCAAUUAUGAUACAUCUUUAGUACAGUGCUACCUAUGUAAGUAAUUGGUUGGUCAGUAAAAUUUUGUUGCAUUAACCAGAAUUACGAAAGUAGUACAAAUUUAAACAAGAUACUCAUUCAGGGAAAUUGAUUAUGAACACAUCAAAAUUUAAAAUGGGCAAUUGUAUAUGGUGGUGCUACAUAAUCAUUACAAUAAUUGGAAUGGUAGCAGCUGACCGUCAGUGUCAUACGGGUGUAUCCACCCCAGGCUAUACUGAUCCAUAUGGGGACAUUAAUAUUGAAUAUGGAAAUCCGUUAGACAUUACUUGUAUAUUAAACGAUCAUUUCCUUAAACUGCAUCCGGAACACUCCAGUAGCAAGUUAUACUUCAUUCGCGGUCAAGAUGUUAUUCCCAGUGAAAUGAUUGAAGUGCUAAAUUCGACUAGCAUUAGUUUACAUAUAGACAAACCCCCGAAAUCCGCAUCAGUAUAUACAUGUAAAUUAAUGAACAAUACAAACGCAGUUUGCUUAAAUAAUGUGGUUGUCGGAACAAAACCACUUCCUAUUACGGAUUUUAAGUGCUACAGUCUAAACUUUGACAACUUAACGUGCACGUGGACUGCGCCUGAAAAUUAUGCAAAAACUGGUUACAAUCUAAGUUACUACCUUCCAACACGUGCGGGCAGGAAUAUGCCAAGUCAGUGUCCGCACAUAGAAGAGAUGGUAAAGAAAGGAGGCAUAACGAAAUUAAAAUGUGUGUGGUCUGUUGCGACGAAACCGCAAUAUAGACAAGUACAAAGAACAUUUUAUUUUGAGUUAAAUGUUACAAAUCAUUUUGGUAGCUAUCAAUUUAAUUACACGUUCUCUCAUUUUCCGCACGUUUAUUCGGGCCCACCUGAAAAUCUCACUGUGGUCAAUUCGACAACGAAUUCUCUUUAUCUUCGAUGGUCCGUUCCUAAAUCGAUGCAUGCAUUUCCUCCAGGACUUCAGCAUAGGAUCCUUUAUCAAUCUCAAUACGAAAAACAGUGGCGGGAAGCCGGCUUCUUGCGCACUUUAAGCAUGGAAGACAUGGACAAUGUGUAUUUUAAUGUGACCGGUCUGAAAUAUGCGCACGCACUAUAUGACAUUCGAGUGUCACUAAGAUCUAAUGCUGCCGAUAAAGAUGAUGAAUCAUUGUGGUCUACAAAUACAACUGUCACUUGCUUCACAGACAGUAAAAUUCCAGGAAUUCCUCCGAUGACUAAUAUUGGCAGCUUUGAAAUUAUCUCUUCUGGUAGUACCCUAAACCAAAGAGAAGUUUUUAUAUAUUGGCAGCAAAUUCCUGUAGAAGUUGCGAAUGGGGAAAAUUUUACAUAUUAUGUCGAAGUAUUGGAGAAUAUAGAAAUUAGGCCACUGGAAAUAACACAUGCAUAUGCCAAGUUUACUAAUCUCAGCGUUGAUCAGAGGUAUACAUUUCAAAUUUGGUCAAAAAAUACCAUUGGAUUAUCAGACCAUAAGUCUAUAUUAGUUGUUCCAAAGCAAUCUGAUCGUAUAAGUGAACCAUUGUCAUUUACUAAGAUCGCUUUUGGAAAUGGGCAGUACGAAUUAUCUUGGGAACCGCCGAGGAAUCUCAAUAUGCCCAUAAAGAAUUAUUCGCUUUUUUGGUGUACGCAUGACCGAGAUAGACCAUACCAGUGCACUGGUCAUCUAAGUUGGAAAGAGUUACCCGCCAAUCAGACAGUUCAUAACAUUACAGUCUCGGAGGAUACUAUACAUCAAUUUGCAGUGUCUGCAAAUGCUGAGGAGUCGAGUAGUGGCAUGGUUUGGGCUGCAUGUACUGUCAUUCAUAAUCAAGCGAUUGGAAAAAUGAAGAAUGUCAAAAUAUCUCAAGUGUUCUCAACUCUCAUUCAACUUUCAUGGAAAUUAGAAUGUUCUGAUCGGGUGGGCAGUGUUGAAGGUUUCGUUAUCUAUUAUUGUAGCAUUGUGAAACCGUCCGUUAUUAACUGUAAAGGUCCAGAGGAAAGCUUGAUUAUUAAUGAUUCCACGGCCGAACAGGCAAAUAUAACAGGACUUCUACCGUAUGAAACUUAUAUGUUUGCUGUUUCUGUAAUAACCAAACAUAACAGUCAAAGUCAGAAGAGUGACUAUCAAUUUGCCACAACUCUUGAAGCAGCUCCAAGCAGGCCUUACGGACUGCAUGUAAUUAAUGUUACCAAUACAUCUAUCUCUCUAACAUGGAAUAGGCCUAAUGUAACUAAUGGCAGAUUGAAAUACUACCAUAUAAUUUACAAUGGAAUGAAUGAAACGAUUGAAGCCGAAAUCGAAGAGUACACAAUAUAUAAUUUGUAUAGCUAUGUAGAGUACAGCAUUAGCAUUACGGCAUGUACCACGUCCUGUUCCGAACCAUCUGUACCCUAUUUAGUUCAAACUCUAGUCGGAUAUCCGGAGAAAUGUUCACAGCCGGGGGUCACGUUUCAGAAUAAUUCGUAUAUAUUGGUGGAAUGGGAACGGCCCAAAUAUCCCAGGGGAAGGAAUGAAAUUUUUGAAGUAAAAUUUAAGGAAAAAUUAAAUGGCGAUAACUGGACUCAUCCAAUUAUUAAUGUUACAGGGACAAAAUAUGGAAUACAGGAUUGUGGAUCUGAUGGUAAAUAUGAUACCUUCUAUAUCUCGGUGAGGGCUGUAAAUAUUUUCAAUGGUGAACGGUAUGAAGGCUCUUGGAGUGAAGAGCUGGAAUCAUUUUGCCACACACCUGGAAGUAUACUGCUUUGGAUGUUAUUACCGUUCAGCGUUAUGUUUAUAAUAUUUAUGGUUUACAUAGGCAGAAAGAUGUAUUUCCGCUAUCUCGAAAUGAUCGAUGUAGAAGUUAAGUUACCACCAGGUUUAUUAACGAUCGAACCUGUUAAUAUCAGCCUAAGUGAUUACGAUGGGUGCCCAAAAAUUGAAGAUUACGAAAUUUUGCCGACUAUGGCCGAUAAAGAAUUGUUAUUGUUGAAAAGAAGCGGCAGCCAAAAUAUGAGUGGCGAUUCAAGCGGAUGUAGUUCUGCUCACGAAAGUGUUACAGCUUCCAUUGAUUCUGCAACCCAUUCGUCUAAUUCAUCGGAUUCUGGUACGGAGCAGCCGCGCUCUUCGUCGACGGAAGAAUUGCAAACAAACUCUCUGCGGUUACGAAACGUCUCCGCCAACCGCCCCAUCAGUAACAAAGGUUACGUCACCAUGCCUAUGGAGAAUCCUAAAACGGCUCCGCCGGCUUUUUGUGUUCUUACCGAUCAGACUCCCAUCGUUAGUGUUAAUCCCUCAUACGUACCUGUUCCGGUAAUACAGACAGAAAAUCAGAAGAUGCCUUACGUCUUGCCCGAUCAUUUACCUCAAUCUACACCCAAAGACUUGAAUAAGCCCUGCAAUUCAAGCUAUGUGCCAUUAAGUUUGUCCCAAAUUACUGAAACCAGCAAAGACAGUGAAAUGGUCGAUUUAGUGAGUUUAGAAUCCUAUAAGUCUACGGAUAGUAGAGAGAAUCUACCCAUUUACAUGCAAGUUGCGGAUCCUACACGAAAGGUGGAUGCUUGUAAUUGUAAUCAACCGCCUCUCGAUAUUGUGGCCCUUGAGACGGGGUACGUUUCAAUUGGAGAUGCACCUGCUCCAAGACCUCCCGUCGAAAUAUCUGCAUCUGGGUAUGUGCCACAGAGAUGUUUCGAUGUAAAGACACUUAAGGAGGAUUAGAGAGAGUGCGUAGAUUUAUAAAGCAAGGCAACUUUUACUACAUCGACUGCAAUUUCAUUGAUAUUAACCUUAGCUAUCUGUGAAAAGUAGAAAAUAUGUUUUUAUUUUUAGUUUUUUAUGUUUUAUUUUUUUAAUUUUAUUGUGCAAAUCUUUAACUUUAAGGUAAAAGUUUUAUCAUUUUUCUAUCAAUAUUUUAUUAACAUUCUCAUUACCUCAUCCAUAUUGUAUCAGUGGGUUUAUUAUUGUUAGAUCUUGGUCAUUUACAGUUUACCUAUUAUCAUCAUGUAGACAAUGUUUUAACUUCUGUUAUUUUAUUGCGUGUUUAAUUCUGUUUUUACUAGUUGAAAUAUGUAAAAAAGAGGCAUAAUUGUUAGCAAGCAAAUUUUGGUGUCUACAAAUUAUGAUCUUAGGCGAGUUGUGUAAAUAAUUCCCUAUUUUUAUUACAUAAAUAUGUUGUACUCUUCUACAGAACGAUCUGUAGCUAACAUAUUUUCAUAUUCAUGUAUCUUGUAUAAAAUAAAUCCCAAAAUUUAUUCAAAAAGUUAUGCAAACAUUCAACAAUAUUUUUUUUUUGGUAGUGUCGACAUUUUUAUGCUAUGUUCCUGUGUUGAUGACAUGCUGUAGUUUGUAGUAGCACAGAUUUCACACUUUGUGAAUCAAAAUCUGUAUAAUGAAAGGAAAUUAAAUUUGAUACAAUCCAUAUCGUUUUGCCGUUUGCUAAUGUUCAUGGAUGGGUUUUUUUUUCACAAAAUUUUAAAAUAGGAUCGCGGUACUCAACCAAUUGGUGUGGCCGUGUUGUUCCCCUUUCUGUUUGAUUUGUCAAAUAUGGCACAUUUUAAUGAUCUUCCAAUAAAUUCUAGUCAUCGAGUGUUCUGUAAUUCAAAUUUUAGUAUAGAA